AUUAAACAAAGCCAACUAAUCAUUCGCCAAAAUAUCCUUUUGCACUUCUUUGAUUCUUUCUCUCUAGCCACCACCACUCACCGGGACCCAUGUACGCUGCUGCCGUCGCGGAUCAGCUUUCCACUCCUAUCCUAGACGCCGAAUCCUCCAAUCUCCUCCAGUCCAUUUCUUCCCACGGAGGCUACGCUUACGUCAGCAUGGCCACACUUGCUGCCUCCGGCGACUUCCGAGCGGCGGAGGCUGCCCGUGAGAUGGCUUGGGAGCAGCUCCAUUCUGGUCCCUGGCAUUCUGUUCUCCCAGUCUGGAGAGACGCUUACUCAAUGGCGUGUCUCCACGUGGCCAAGUUCCAUUAUCGAAACGGUGAGCUCAAAGACGCGCUUAGGGUUUUGGAUAUGGGUCUGAUCAUGGGAGGCAUGUUGCUGAGGAAGGAUUUGGACUCCGCUGUUGAAAUUAUAUCAGCGAAAACGAGAGAAAAUGACGACCGAUGUGAGAGUUUUGAGAAAUCGGAGCAUAACUUGGCUCCAGAAGCUGAGUUUGAUAAGGUGGAGGUGCUUCAAUUUUUACCUGCGAAGUCCUUGUCUUGCAAGACUGUAGUGAACAAAUCUGCCCCAUCUAUGGAAGCAUUUCUACGUGAGCAUUUCUUAUGUGGUUCUCCAGUUAUAAUUAGUGAUUGUAUGACUCAUUGGCCUGCCAGGAAAAAGUGGAAUGACAUGGAUUACCUCAAAAGGGUUGCUGGUGACCGCACCGUUCCAGUCGAGGUUGGGAAAAAUUACCUAUGCCAAGAGUGGAAACAAGAGCUUAUAACAUUUUCCCAGUUCCUCGAGAGGAUUCAGUCCAAUGGUACUUCUUCUGAUGGCCCCACCUAUCUUGCGCAACAUCCAUUAUUUGAUCAGAUAAAUGAGCUAAGGGAUGACAUUUGCAUUCCUGACUACUGUUUUGUUGGUGGUGGGGAGCUCAGGUCUGUUAAUGCUUGGUUUGGUCCAGCUGGAACAGUUACACCAUUACACCAUGAUCCACACCAUAAUAUACUUGCUCAGGUUGUUGGGAAAAAGUAUAUUAGGCUUUACCCUGCUUCAUUGUGUGAAGAACUGUAUCCACAUGGUGAAACCAUGCUUUUCAAUUCCAGCCAGACAGUAUUUCCAUGUUUUUUGAAGGUUGAUCUGGACAACAUAGAUGAGAAAGAAUUUCCAAAAGUACACGACUUGGAAUUCCUGGACUGCAUUUUAGAAGAAGGUGAAAUGCUUUACAUCCCACCAAAAUGGUGGCACUAUGUCCGAUCACUAACAAUUAGUUUUUCAGUUACAUACUGGUGGAGCGACACUGGCAGUUCAGCUGUGUCUUGAUGAUAGUGUAUUGAUAUUUGAUCCUUUCUGAUAUGACUAAGAACAGUGCUAAGCUAUCAACAGUGUGAACUGCAAAAUACCAGCAGAUGCAUUUUUAUACAGAGAGCAACGGUUAAUGGAAAAUAUAUGGUAGAAGACGCGUAUGUUGAUGUUGUAAUCUUUAGGAAGUUUAGUAAUAGAAACUAAAGUGAGAGUCGACCUUUUUUUUUCCUCUAGUGUGAAGUAGUAUUCACCUCUAGUAGUAUUCACCUCUCCUAUCCUAUGGAAGGAUGAGAUUCUGAUUUCCUUUGUGAUAUUGGAUUAAGUAAUGAAGUUGGUUGUCGAUC